AAAAAGUUUUCCGAAAUUUCAAGACCAAACUACAAUCUUGGGAGAAAUUUUAAUCCUGAUCAUCAAUGAAUUCUAAAUCAAAGUUUCUAGAAACUCAUUUUCAAUUGGGAGUUGUUACAAGAUGUUUAUCACAUUGUAGUUGAAGAAAUUGUGCAUGCCCUUCAUGCCACUUUUUUAUCAGGCCUGCAUUUUCAGAAAAGAAAGAAAGGUAAUUUUAAUAUUUCUUUGAUCCUUCUUGAUCUGGGGCUCUGCAUCACGUGGAGGGGAACAUAAACUCCUCAUGUUUCUGGAAAUCUGGUCAUCAUUAUUUCUUGAUAAUUGAUUUUCAGGAUGGACCAAUUUAGGCAGAUCGGGGAGGCAUUAGGGAGCAUCAAGGCAUUGAUGGUUUUCCAAGAUUGCAUACAAUUGAAUCAGCGACAAUGCUAUUUGUUAGUAGACAUGCUUAAUUCUGCAUAUAACAAUACAGCAGAGUUAAUGAAACAUAAUUUGAGAUAUGAAGAUAAGAGUUUCAAGUGGAAAGUCAUUGAAACCCCAUUGAGAGAGCUCCUCCGAGUAUUUAAAGAAGGCGAAAUGUAUGUAAGAUAUUGUUUGGAGACGAAAGAUUUUUGGGCAAAAGCCAUAACACUUUACCAGAACACAGAUUGUGUAGAACUCCACAUCCACAACCUUCUCAGUUGCAUAUCCGUCGUGAUUGAGGCCAUUGAGAUGGCAGGAGAAGUGUCCAGUUUAGACCAUGAAGAGAUUCAAAAGAAGAGAGCCGUUUACGCAUUGAAGUAUCUAAAGGAAUGUAAGGAUCAAAGAAUUUUUAAUUGGAGAUACGGGACUCAAUACCUGGUUUCUCCGGAUUUUUGCAACCGGAUAAAGUCAGUUUGGAAUGAGGAUAGAUGGAUCCUGAAAAACAAAAUCGAAGAGAAGAAAAUAUCAUCAAAGCAAAACCAGGGACUUGUUGAUCUCCUCAUGAGGAACUUAAACACUCCUUCAGACCCGUUAUUACCCGAUAGACUAAUGCCUUGCUCGGUUUUAGUCAGGUCCAAAGACUAUCACGUCAGGCGGCGGUUGGAAAUGGAUAACCAAUAUAAGGAAGUUCAGUGGUUGGGUGAGAGCUUCUGUUUGAGACACUUUUUUGGUGACAUUGAGCCGCUCAUCUCAGACAUUUCUCAUGAACUAACUCUCUCUCACCCAAACAUAAUGCACAUACUUUGUGCCUUCACGGAUGAAGAGAAGAAAGAGUGUUUCCUUAUCAUGGAUCUCAUGAAUAAAGAUCUAUCCAGUUACAUUAAAGAGAUUUGUGGUCCGAAGAAGCGAGUCCCAUUCUCUCUCCCCACUGCAGUUGACCUGAUGCUUCAGGUUGCCAGGGGUAUGGAAUAUCUUCACUCUAUGAAGAUUCAUCAUGGGAACUUAAAUCCAUUUAAUGUCCUUGUCAAAGCCAGAAGUACGUCCACAGAAGGUUACUUGCAUGCCAAAGUUUCUGGAUUUGGUGCUAGUCACACUCGGAAAAUGCAUGUGAAUCAACAAAACUCGCCUAAUUAUAUAUGGCACGCACCAGAAGUAUUAGCCGAACCAGAAGAGUAUUCAGAGAAGUCUGAUGUAUAUAGUUUUGGGAUGAUUUGCUUUGAGGUGUUGACUGGAAAAGUCCCAUUUGAGGAUGGACAUCUCCAAGGAGAAAAAAUGAGUCGAAAUAUAAGGGUGGGUGAGAGGCCUCUAUUUCCGUUUCCUUUGCCAAAGUAUCUGACAAGCUUAACUAAGAAGUGCUGGCAUGAUGAUCCAAACCAACGACCAAGAUUCUCAUCUAUCUGUAGGAUUCUUCGCUAUAUAAAACGGUUUAUAGUUCUGAAUCCAGAACACACACAUCCGGAUUCACCAAUGCCACUAUUGUUAGACUAUGGCGACACUUUCUUUACAAAUAAAAAGGCACAAAUUCCUUUGUAUGUGACACAUAUUCCUUUUCAAAUGUUCAUGUAUAAAGUGGCAGAGAGAGAAAAAUCAACAGCAAUUCAAAGGGAGAAUAAUUCUGAGUCCGAAAGUGAUAAUGCUUCAGCUUGUGGAGAUGAAAUUGUGAUUGCAGACGAACCACCCCCAUCACCUAUAGAAAGAAAGUCUCUUGGUUCUCCAAAUGUUUUGAGCAAGAAGCUUUCGAUAUCAAAGAAAUCUUUAGACAUCAAAUCAAUCAAACAACCCGGAACACCGAGGGGACGGUCCGUAACUCCAGUCAUGCUUCCACAUAUGAGUAGACACGGACGUCCUAAGAGGAUGGGCUCUGAAAGUCAAUUGGUGGUUAUGAGCCCAAGAGAGCGGAGGAUGUCUGGUCAUAUGUCAGAUUCUGAGCUCCCAUAGCCUUGUAAAAUUGCUACUUGUAGUGUUGUAACAUAUUGAUCCCAUGUAUGUCAAUAAGCCGCUAGCUCAAAAAAUGCAUACUAAUUGGCCAUAUUUAUAGCUAAGCAACAAGACAUUAUAGGGCACGAUAAAAUUAGAGCUUAUUUAGGCUAGAGGUUAACAUAACCCUAUUUUUGUUAUUUUUGCAUUUCAGAUAGUUAAAAGUCAAUUAUUUGUAAUUCCAG